AUGCUUGGUAGUGCGACGUUCUCUCUGUCCUCCUCUCUCCAUCUCUCUCCUUCUGUCUGCCCUCCUCUCUCUCCUAAUCUCUUCUCCUCUCUCCUCCUCUCUGUCCUCCUCUCUUUCCUCCUCUCUCUAGCUCUCUCUCCUCUCUCUCCCCCUCUGUCCUCCUCUUUCCUCCUCUCUUCAACCCCCCCUCCUCCUCUCUCCUCCUCUCUAACCUCCUCUCUCCUCCUGUCCUCCUCUCUCCUACUCUGUCCUCCUCUCUCCCCCUCUCUCCUACUCUGUCCUCCUCUCUCCCCCUCUCUCCUACUCUGUCCUCCUCUCUCCCCCUCUCUCCUACUCUGUCCUCCUUUCUAUCCUCCUCUCUCCUCCUCUCUCUCUUCCUCUCUCAUCCUCUCUGCCCUCCUCUCUCAUCCUCUCUGCCCUCCUCUCUCCUCCUCUCUGUCCUCCUCUCUCCUCCUCUUUCCUCCUCUCUUCAACCCCCCCUCCUCCUCUCUCCUCCUCUCUAACCUCCUCUCUCCUCCUGUCCUCCUCUCUCCUCCUGUCCUCCUCUCUCCCCCUCUCUCCUACUCUGUCCUCCUCUCUCCCCCUCUCUCCUACUCUGUCCUCCUCUCUCCCCCUCUCUCCUACUCUGUCCUCCUCUCUCCCCCUCUCUCCUACUCUGUCCUCCUUUCUAUCCUCCUCUCUCCUCCUCUCUCUCUUCCUCUCUCAUCCUCUCUGCCCUCCUCUCUCAUCCUCUCUGCCCUCCUCUCUCCUCCUCUCUGUCCUCCUCUCUCCUCCUCUUUCCUCCUCUCUUCAACCCCCCCUCCUCCUCUCUCCUCCUCUCUAACCUCCUCUCUCCUCCUGUCCUCCUCUCUCCUCCUGUCCUCCUCUCUCCCCCUCUCUCCUACUCUGUCCUCCUCUCUCCCCCUCUCUCCUACUCUGUCCUCCUCUCUCCCCCUCUCUCCUACUCUGUCCUCCUCUCUCCCCCUCUCUCCUACUCUGUCCUCCUUUCUAUCCUCCUCUCUCCUCCUCUCUCUCUUCCUCUCUCAUCCUCUCUGCCCUCCUCUCUCAUCCUCUCUGCCCUCCUCUCUCCUCCUCUCUGUCCUCCUCUCUCCUCCCCUCUCUGUCCUCCUCCCUCAUCCUCUCUGCCCUCCUCCCUCAUCCUCUCUGCCCGCCUCUCUUCCCUCCUCUCUCCUCCUCUGCCCUCUUCUCUUUCCUCCUCUCUCCAUCUCUCCUCCUCUGUUCUCCUCUCUCUCCUAA